UUCGCUAAAACCUAAUCGAUAGGUGGCGAUAGUGACAGCUAGCGAAGUAUUGACUGAGUGGCAUUUGAAGAAGAAACUCAACCAGCCACCAGUCCAACCUGAAGAGUUUCGCGCAUUUGAGAUCUGCCCACAUUCUUCAGGGUCAAGAUGCAGACGCCAGCACAGUCCAUUCUUCAUAGUGGCUACUUCCAUCCAACUCUCAGAUACUGGCAGACAUGUGCCACAGAUAUAAAAGCAGAAAACUUAAUUUACCCAAUUUUCAUCACAGACAGUGUCGAUGCCGUGGAGCCCAUUGGUAGCCUGCCAGGCCAAGCCAGGUAUGGUGUGAACAAACUGGAGGGAAUGUUGCGGCCACUUGUAGAAAACGGCUUGAAAUGUGUCUUGAUCUUCGGGGUUCCUGCAAGUAUAGCAAAGGAUGACAGAGGAUCAGGAGCAGACUCCGAUGACACACCAGCCGUGAUGGCUGUGAAGAAGAUCAGAUCUCUGUUCCCCGAUCUGCUGGUAGCGUGUGACGUCUGCUUGUGUCCCUACACAUCACACGGUCACUGUGGUAUCUUGGACGAAGAUGGUUCUCUGAACAAUGAUGCUAGCUGUUUAAGACUAGCAGAAGUGGCACUAGCCUACGCCAAAGCUGGUUGUCACAUAAUUGCACCCUCUGAUAUGAUGGAUGGCAGAGUCGGGGCCAUCAAACAAGCCCUGCUUUCUAAUCUUUUGGGAAACAAAGUCUCAGUUCUAAGUUAUAGCGCCAAGUUUGCCUCAUGCUAUUAUGGUCCUUUCAGAGAUGCUGCACAGUCCAAACCAGCUUUCGGGGACAGGCGUUGCUACCAACUCCCUCCGGGAGCGAGAGGGCUUGCCAUUCGAGCUGUGGAGCGAGAUGUAAGAGAAGGAGCUGAUAUGCUGAUGGUGAAACCAGGUCUGCCAUAUUUGGACAUUGUGAGAGAAGUCAAAGACAAGUUCCCAACUCAUCCUCUUGCUGUGUAUAAUGUGUCGGGGGAGUUUGCUAUGAUGUGGCAUGGAGCGCAAGCUGGAGCGUUUGACUUGCGAACCGCUGUGAUGGAGGCCAUGACUGCCUUCCGCAGGGCAGGUGCUGACAUUAUCAUCACCUACUACACCCCUCAGUUGCUGAACUGGUUGAAAGAGUGAAGAUUGAAGAACUGAGCCUCCCUGAAGAAGAUAUUGUCUCCUAUAAAGCUAGUAACAAAAAAUCUGCCCUUGAAAAUGUCAGGGUAUAACAUGUUUUGGGAAAUUCAGUACACUUGGGCAUUUAUUCAAAAUCUGUAUUGGAAAUAUGGGCCAUGCAUAAAAAUCUGUCCGAUUAAAGCUUCUGUUACAUUUAUUAUCCUAGAGAGCUUAAUAUCCUAGUUAUAAACACUAUAGUGCACUACUCACAUAAGGUUAGGGAUGUUGAUGAAAUUUCAGGAAGAAGCUAAAAUGCAUGAUGACCUUUUAGAGUUAGUUAAUUUGACCUCUAAACCUUUAAAUGCUCAUGUCUGGUCAAUAUUCCAGCACUUUUUGCACAAUAAGGAGCUGAACGCUAAGUUUGACAAAAAAAAUACUGAAAUACUGAAAAGUUGGUUGUGUGUAUCAAGUUCAGAGAAUUUUGAAGAAAUUAAGUUAACUUGGUUACCUUGUUAAGAUUGUAGUGCAUCUUAGGUUCAUCUUGAAAAUUUUAAAUGUAAAUAAAUUUUUUGUGAGUAGUGCAUGUGUUUCCAAAGGGCUGAAAACUGAGAAUAGAAACAGUUCAUCAUAAUUCUUCUUACUGUUUUGUUAAGCACUAUCUGCGCUCUAAUUCGGAUCAUCAUUACAUGACAUUUGUGAUCACAACUCCUUUGCACCAGAAAUUAAAAUGUUUAUUCGGAGCUCUUACUGUAGUGCAUAGAUGUCGAACUAGAGGCUUGCAGGAAGAACCGGGCCUCUGCAUUAUUUUAUGUGGCCGGCUAAAGCUUGCCCACAAUUUCUCCUUAAUGUCUGUUUGAAACAAGUCAUAGCAUUUCUGAUAACUAAAUGCUGGGGCAAAUAUGUAUUAAGGGGUGUUUAUUAGGGUUCCCAGACAGAACAUGUUAGGUAUGGGACAAGAAGUAUAACUGUCCAUUGCUUGAGCCAGAGAACAAGUUUAAAAAAAAAAAAAAAGUGCAGCUCAACUUAUGGCCAGUGAUAAUCAUUGCUUUCAAUGUUUUUUUUUAAACAAAUAAACAGCCUCUGUUGUUGUUUCA